AUGACGACCAUCUCACAGGCACGUCCUUCGUUGACGAACAACGACGCCGCAGUCCUCCAGGCCCUCUUCGAUGCCGAAUCCUCACCUUCAUCCGGUGUCACAGUGGACUCCUCCCUCCCACCCUGGCCAGCAACAGUAAACAUCUCCCAAGCAGACUUCAACGCCCUAAAAGCCCGGGAAACACAAAUCAUCCUCAAGCUCCAAACAACCGAAACACCAACGCAAGAAACAGUGCAAUCAGCACUCGAAGAGCUAAACGCUCUGCUGGAAGAAUAUCCAACCUACCCACCCGCAUACACAAACCGCGCCCAAACCCUCCGUCUCCUUGCAGACCUCCAAUACAACCAGCGCCACACCGACGCUGAACCAUCACGCACCGAAACCAACACAGACGAGUCCCUCUUCACCCCAGAAGCGGCAGAUCUAUCAUCCAGAAUCUUCGCCGAUCUAGGCAAAGCAAUCACGCUCGCCACGCCAGCGUCCCCCGCAGACCCGAUUUCGUCGGUGCAGGCGCGACUAUUGGCUGAUGCGCACACGCAUCGCGGGUAUUUGCUAUUGAAGGCUGCGCGGGUGAAGAAGACUCGGUCUGAGAGGGAGGUGGAGAAUGUAGGACCGGAGCGGUUGCGUGGUCAUAGUGCGGAUCGGUUGGAGGAGAUGGCGAGUCGGGAUUUUUUCUUUGGGGGUCGGUAUGGGAAUAAAGUUGCACAGCAGUUGGCUGUGCAGACGAAUCCUUAUGCGAAGAUGUGUGGGGCUAUUGUGAAGGAGGCGAUGAGGAAGGAGAUGGAGGGUUGA